CCUAUGACAUGUUCUUUAAUGUAAUACGGAUCUUUUUCAUGUAUCUGUUGUUUCUGACUUUGAAAAGAACACAUGGGGCGUGCACGCUACCUAUUUCGAAAGGAACCUGGGUGACGUCUUCACGUGGCACGUGGACAGUCGGUGACAACCAAACUUACGUAGAGAACUUCCGGUCAAAAGUAAACGUCAACCAACCAACGGUCACACUCAGCUGUGAGCAGAAUUCCGCCGACCUCUUUGUGUUGGGGUUUCAGACAGAGAUAUUGACGGAUAUAAUCUUGGACUACUACAUUUGUUUGGAAAUUCCGUCUCAGAUAUCACCCAAAUACAUCAUAUACAUAGUUACAGAGACAGAUGCUGUAUCAGGUGACGAAUUCACGAGCAACCUGACAGCCGCGUGCGAUAACACAGGAUAUAGGUCGCCACAAAGGACACUGAUUGCCAUAAGCGCAGACGUCGCCGUGAAGGAGUUGAAAAUCACUCUUCCAAAUGUGGUACGCGGUGUUUAUGACGCUAACGUCACCUUCCCAAACGGUCAGACCGGAAAUGAGACCAUAGUCAACGUGUGUAAUGAUACAAGUAUUAUCUCAAUCGCAGUGGAAAACGCCACACGGAAUGUUGGAUUUUCAAGCUCUGGGGUUUUGUUCGGAAUGAACUACUCUACGAUAGAUUCCACAACCUUUAUCUAUACCAGCAACAAUGAUACGGCGACGAACGGCGUCACCACAUACAGCUUUGUGUGCUGGGCUGUCGAGUCUACCGAUGGGUAUGUGCACGCCACUGUGUUCCCGGAGCUGUGCCAGGACGGUCAAAACGGGACCGCCGUUCCUUCUGGCGGGCAGAUUCUCGUCCUUAAUCCAUCUGCAACAUCAUCCGAAGAUGCAGAUGACGUCACUGUGUACAUCAUCAUUGGAAUCGUUAUAGGCGUUAUUCUAAUUGUGGCUGCUGUUAUAUUUGUGUUUGUCUGCCUGAAAAAGAGACACCAGCCUCAGGAUGAGGAAUCGAGGCCACUACCGGAAAACAUGGCUGAUGAAAGGAAGAAGCGACCACUCAACAGCCGACCUAAAUCUUCAAGUGAUGUGUCGAAAAUGAAAUUAAGCAAAGGAACUGCUACAAUGAAAAAGCCGGUUACAAAAAAUGUAGCUGUUCAGGCGUCUAUUUGGAUGGGACCGAUAAAUCCGGCCAACCGGACCAAGACAGCAUUGAAGGAAUGUUCUUUACCCUCCACUCCACCAAGUCCCAACAAGUUUGUACCAUACAUCGGCUACAUCAAGCGUCCACUAGCAAGAGCAAAUACCGAUGUAGAAAAGGCUUCACCAAUGCUUCGAUCAAGUACAACAUUAGAAAGAAGCGAACCACCGAAUAAGCGUUUGAAAUGUGUGCCGAAAAGAAAAACAGUUGAAAACAGCCCAAGAGAAACGCUUAUUACUCACAUUAAAGAUAUUGACAGAAGGUCGUUAAGCCAUUAUUCGUCAGAAUUUGAAAGACUACACCCUUUUCCAAGAGAAGGAAAUCCUCAGCGUUAUAUAACUAAUAAUGACCUUAUAAACUCUACUGAUAAAAUAAUUGAACCAACAGUUGAUAACAAAUAUAAUGAACUAUUAGGGAACAAAGGAUUAUUGGACGAAUCUAGCAUACUUGACGAGAAAACUGAUAACGCAAGCAAAAGAGAAGAACCAAAGGAAGAACAUAAUGUUGUAAGCGUUUCGUCCGCAAAAACAGAGAAAAAAACGGUGGAUUUUAAAGAAAACGAAAAUAAACCUUCUGAUUCCGAGACACCUCAUGCAGUUCGAAGAGAGAAAACAUUUAAUACGGAGAAAUCCAGGCCUUCGACCACUGAGGGCCGGAUCGGAGCGGACAGCAAACUUGGUGUUAACCUGGAAAUGGAGGGUUCUGUUCGAAAGGUCAGCUCCGCCAACAUGGACAGAUCGCGACAUAAGCUUACAGGUGUAUACAGUUAUAACUCCCCAUAUGCGCUAUCACGUGCCCAGAAGGAGUAUGUAACAGCGAAACGAACCUGGGUCAGACAGAAGGUGUUGCAGUCUACUCAGAAUAAACAACAAUUUCAGGUCGUCCGGAGGCAAGAAAAUGAACGUGCAUUUGAAAAGUGGCUGAAGGAAAAAACGGCUUCUGUACAAAGACUGAAAAUGAGGUAUUCUAGAGCUCGCCCAUCUUCUCCGAAACGACGACUUUCUAGAAAGUCUUCAUUGUUAUCAAAGAAGAUGCCAGCGAAAGAUGAGCCUAAAAGUGACGAGGACGCUUUAAUUGUUGGAAAAGAGAACACCGAAAACACUGAAUAGGCCUUUAAUUCUGGAUAGUAUCACUGCCGCUGAAAUGCCAUUGUUAAAACGGGUGUUUGUUGUGUGAUUUGUACAUUCCAUGUGUAGUUUCGAUCGCAUAUGUUAUUUGCUUUCUGUAAAAAAAAAUCUGAUAAAGACAACCUAAAAUGCCCUUUAAACCUCUAAUAUGGUCAUUAGAUGGUUUGACAACUUUUAGGUGUAUGUGCAGGACACUUUAUUACAAUGAACAGACGCGUAAAAGUAUUGUGAUAUAAAUGAACAUAUAAAACUACACAAACUAAAGUGUAACA